AUGCCCUCCUAUGGCAGCACGCGGAGAAAUGGCGUCGAUGCAGCCAAGGGCCCUCCCACGAGUACUUCCGUGUUUGCAGUCCCCAACAGCAGCAGUAGCAGCGCCUCGACACCACUGCUGCAGUCAAUUGACGACGCAGACGGCAGCAGCCCACACGAUGAUCACCACGAGACCGUCCCUGACGAGCAUUCGCCAGAGCGGCGGCUGGGCAUCGCCGGAACUGUCUUUCUCAUUCUCAACAAGAUGAUCGGUACCGGUAUCUUCUCCACUCCUGCCAGCGUCUUUGCAGCGACCGGUUCGGUCGGCCUGUCAAUCCUCCUCUGGAUCGCUGGAGGCGUCAUCAUCAUGGCCGGACUCAGCACGUACCUCGAGUUCGGCCUGGCCAUCCCGCGGUCCGGUGGCGAGAAGAACUAUCUCGAGCGUGUCUACCGCCGCCCGCCGCUGCUGGCCACCUGCAUGCUGGCGUCGCAGAUGGUUCUGCUGGGCUUCUCGGCCGGAAACGCUCUCGCUUUUGGCCGAUACGUUCUCUAUGCCGUCAGUGAUGGCGGCUCCAUGGGCGCGACCGACGGCUGGCUUGCCCGCGUCAUCGGCGUCGUGCUAGUCAUCGUCGUCAUCGGCCUGCACUCGGUGGCACCGCGCUGGGGCAUUCGACUGUUCAACACCCUCGGCGUCUUCAAGGUCGGCGUGCUAGCCUUCAUCGUCGUCACCGGCUUCGCUGCUCUGGCCGGCUAUCGCCGAGUGCCCGACCCGCACAACUUUGACCGGCCCUUUGACAUGAGCGAUCUCGGCCGCUACGGAGGCGGUGGCGCCUAUGCCUACGCAUCCGCGCUGCUCAGCAUCAUCUACAGCUUCAAGGGCUGGGAAAACGCUAACUACGUACUGUCCGAAGUUCGCAACCCGCGCCGGACUCUCAUGGUGGCUGGCCCGCUGGCUGUUGGCCUCUGUACUGUGCUCUACGUCCUCGCCACCGUCGCCUACUUUGCCGCCAUCCCAGCCGACGACCUUGCCGCUUCCGACGUUAUCGUGGCCGGCCUCUUCUUCCGCAACGUCUUUGGCGACGGCGCCGCCGCUCGUGUGCUGCCCAUCUUUGUCGCUGUCAGCAACCUCGGCAACGUCCUGGCCGUCAGCUUCGCCCAUGCCCGCUUCAAUCAGGAACUGGCCCGCGAAGGCAUCUUGCCCUUUAGCCGUCUUCUGGCAUCCAGUCGACCAUUCAACUCGCCGGCUGCAUCCCUUAUUCUGCACGGGAUCAUCACUAUCAUCAUUCUGGUGGCUCCGCCCCCUGGUCCUGCCUACAACUUCAUCAUCAAUCUCUACGUGUAUCCCGGCACGGUGGUCAACAUAUUUGUCACCGGUGGCCUGUUGUAUCUGCACUACAACCGCAAAAAGGAGGGUUGGUUGUCGCCCUGGCACACACCAUGGCCCGUUGCCAUACUGUUCCUCUUAAGCAACGUCUUCUUGAUGAUGGUGCCCUUCUGGCCGCCGGCACCAGGGUGGGACCCGGAAGGCUACCCAUACUACAUAUUCCCUGUCGUUGGGGUCGGUGUCCUGGUGCUUGGCGCUGUAUACUGGCUGGUGUGGACCCAGAUCGGUCCGUGGCUGGGCAGCUACCGACUGGAACCAGAGCAUGUGCGGGGCGAUGAUGGUAUCACCGUCGUGCGGUAUAAGCGGGUGAAGAAGGAUGAUGCUGAGGAAGUGGAACAGUGA